UAACGCAAGUGCCCCCCUUCUGACCACUGUUAAAGUGGUCAAUUUAUUUUUAUUUGCUUUAUUACUUAGUAUUAAUAUCUAUCUUCGGCCGGCUUCCUCCCCCUCUCUCCUUGCAACUGUUUUCUUUGUAUCUACGAUCUCCUCACUUGGCGUCUGUCUACUUUCUUUGUUUCUAAGAAACCCUGUUCUGGUAUUUCCUUGGGCGACUUCACAAUGGCGGUAUCCGCAAUUGGAUUUGAGGGUUAUGAAAAGAGGCUCGAGAUUUCAUUUUUUGAGCCUGGUGCCUUGGUUGACCCUGAAGGAAAGGGUCUUAGAUCAUUGUCAAGAGCCCAGCUGGAUGAGAUUCUUGGACCAGCUGAGUGCACUAUAGUUUCUUCACUAUCAAACUAUCAUUUGGACUCCUAUGUCCUUUCUGAGUCUAGCCUCUUUGUUUAUCCAUACAAGAUCAUCAUCAAAACCUGCGGGACAACAAAGCUACUUCUUUCGAUCCCACCCAUCUUGAAGUUGGCGGGUAGCCUUUCUCUUACCGUAAAAUCUGUUCGGUACACUCGUGGGAGUUUUAUCUUCCCUGCUGCUCAGCCAUAUCCUCAUCGUUACUUCACUGAAGAAGUUGUUAUUCUUGAUAGCCAUUUUGGCAAGCUUGGCGCUGGUAGCAAAGCUUAUGAAAUGGGUGGGCUGGAUAAACAGAAAUGGCAUGUUUACUCUGCUUCUGCUGAAUCUGUUAACACCAAAGCCCCUACUUACACUUUAGAGAUGUGCAUGACUGGUUUGGACACUGAAAAGGCUACAGUUUUUUACAAAGACGAAUCGACCUCGGCAGCUUCGAUGACCAUGAAGUCUGGCAUAAGGAACAUACUUCCAAACUCUGAAAUAUGCGAUUUUGAGUUCGAACCUUGCGGUUAUUCUAUGAAUUCAAUCGAAACCGAUGCUAUUUCGACCAUUCAUGUUACACCCGAAGACGGUUUUAGUUAUGCAAGCUUCGAAGCUGUGGGCUAUGAUCUGAAAGAGUUGAAUCUGGAGCAGUUGGUGCAAAGGGUUUUAGUUUGCUUCAAACCAAGUAAUUUCUCUGUUGCCGUGCAUGUGGAUGUUGAUUGUCACUCAUUUGAACAGACCUGUCUGCUGGAUGUUAAAGGAUACCGUUGCCGGGAGAGUAGCAUCGAAGAGCUUGGUUCAGGGGGUUCCAUCAUUUACCAGAGCUUCAACGGCAUUGGGGGAUGUGGAUCACCUAGAUCAACUCUGAGUUGCCUCUGGGAAGAGGAGGAAGAGUAUUAUUAUAAUUAAAACGGCUUAUUUUCUUAUGUUAUAAUUAUUAAAUAAAUUGCUUCCCAGGCAUUACCUGGUGAUACAGCAUGGGGUGUGUUUCUAUUCUAGUACUUUUGUCUUUUAUCAAGUCAAUUGCUAUGCCAGCAAACCUGAACUUGUUACUGCCAUUUGUACGGCAGAAUGUGGAGCUUCUCCAUUUUUUAUUAUUAUUAUAUUACAUGAAAUAAUAUGCGGCCUCUAUUAUACCUAUAA